CCCAUUUUUUUCGUUAACUUAUACCUAAGGUAUUAUGCAAGAGGAGAUGCUGAAAACGCAAUGCGAUACAUCAAUGGAACUAGACUUGAUGAUAGAAUCAUAAGGACAGACUGGGAUGCAGGAUUUAAGGAGGGUAGACAGUAUGGUCGUGGAAGAUCAGGGGGCCAGGUCCGAGAUGAAUAUCGGCAAGACUAUGAUGCUGGAAGAGGUGGCUAUGGCAAAACUGUCCAAUGUCAGUGAAUAAUGAAUGACUCAUCAGCCUCACAGGAGAACUAAAUUUGCAUUGUAAAUGUCACCGGGCACAAAGUAGGUCUGUUGCACACAAAUUUAUGUAGUUAGAAGUUCACAGAAACUACUAUCCUCAUUCCUGUGAUGACAUAGUAUGUUCAAUAUCUCUUUUGUUUUAACACCAGGA